AUGGAUGAUAGCCUGUACCCGCUUCAUGUCCAUGGAGUAGAUAGUCAUGUUGGGACAAGUACGAUUCAGAAAUACCCUGCACUAUACCUUGUCUCCACUGUCCACUCAGUGACUGAUAAGAUGGACAACGCCGCGAAACCUCAGACCAAGAGAAAGGCGACCGACCCUCUACCUGAGAGUCCAGCAGAGAAAUUCGCCCGCAUCACAGAGUAUGCCCAGUCCGAUUCACAUUCAGCCAACAUUCUCACUGACAGGUCAUCUACGCCCAGGAGCUUUCAUUUGAACAACCGAUUCAGCGACCUCACCAUCGUUUGCAGAGACAAGGUCUUCCCUGCCCAUCGAGUGGUCGUAUGCCCCCAAUCAGACUACUUUGCUCGCGCUUGCGAAGGGGAGUUUAAGGAAUCAUCCGGCAGAAUCGAGAUUAGCGACACUGACCCAAUCCUAAUCGAGAAAACCUUGCAAUACCUGUACACUGGAGAUUACACAACGGACCUCAGCAACUACAUUCCUCUUUCCCUGGAGUCUCCCGCGAAACCUGAAGACGCAAAAGGUACCACGUCCAGCCCGGCCCCAUCCAAUCUUGUGGAGCAGGAAGUGGAUGUGACGUCCUUCGAACCCUGCUUCCAUGUUCUCAUGUAUGAGCAAGGUACCUAUUUCCAUAUCCAGGGAUUGAAGGACAAAGCCAAAGAACGGUUUCGUCAGACCUUCCUUGCAAAGAUCGAGAAGAGGUCCCUCGUUGCCACCAUAAUGCAAGUCUAUAGGUCAACUGGCGGUACUAAGAACGAUGGACUACGGUUUGCUAUGUUGCAGAUGCUGGUCGAGAAUGCAAAGACCGUUUACAAGAAUAAAGCACGUGCCCUCCCCUUCCCCGCCAUUGCAGGUAUCCCAGGCUUUGCAGAGGAACUGGCUCACUGGUGUUUCCACUACCUGGGAAAUGUGACUAGGGUCUCGGGCCAGAGUUGA